CUGAAGCAGAAUUUUCGUGGUGAACUACCGAGCGACGGUACUAAGACUAGUAGCAGGGCGACGACCUCGGUAGAGAUGAACAACAUGUUGGACCACGUGAUGAACAAGAAGCCCACGCGGAAGGCCAGUCGCGACGAGCCGGUGGAGAAGAACAAAAGCGCAAUUUUCGCCGCACUUUCGUUUGGCCGACAACAGGCUUCGCAGGCAGCUAGCUCAAUGAGUAUGACCACUUCUCCAGAUCAUUUCGGGAAGCAGGGGACAAAGGGUGGCCUGGAUCUCAGCGAGCACCACCGCGGUCGUAGCAUUUUUGAUGCCUACAACGCAAACAACGACGACGGCUUUGCUGUGUCUUCCUCAAAACAAGCGAAUGUGAAGAAGUAUCAGCAGGAGCCAAAGGAGCCGUCGAUCGCGUUACUUGGCACCAACGAGGAGGACCCUGAUCCCGCUUGGGGUAACCAAAGUUUGUUCUGGCAACCGCCGCCAGGCAUCGAGCCUCCCCGCUACGCCGGGUCUUCUUCACAGCAGCUGCACCAGCACGUCGUCGCUCCUAGUAGUGCUAGUGGUGCCCAGCAGCUGCACUCACCACCGUUUAUUGCAGGGGAUAGCGGAUCAAUUCAGUUUGGC